CGACCCUCCCUUCAUCCUUCGAAAAGGACAAGGUCGUCCAGAACUGUCGAGGUUUUGGUUCCGGACCUCCCGUCUCGUCAAGCCCGGGCAUUCCUUUACCGAUUCAGAAAGAGAGGAAAAAACUUGGAGAUAGCGAGUCCGCGAUCGCACCAGCAACUAUGUCUCGCAGCAAGCAGGAUACUCAGGCGUACAUUGCGACGCUCGCGACACCCCCGCCCCCGGGUGCGCCGUACGCUCUUCCCAUUCCUGGCACCGAGCGCCCGAACCGCACCCCCAUCUACCGCCAUUGGCGCUUCCAGAACGGCCCGCUGCUCGAGACAUUCGACCCCGCACACAGGACCAUCCACGACCUCUUCGAGUACUCGGUCUCUCAGCAUCCCAACAACAGAUGCCUUGGAUGGAGGCCCUGGAACCCCACCACCAAGACUUGGGAGCCCAAGUAUGUCUGGAUGACAUAUGCCGAGGUCGCCGAGCGGAGGAAGAACUUUGGCGCCGGCAUCGUCGAGCUGCACCACCGCCUUGGCGUCACCGAGGACAAGUAUGGCGUCGGCCUGUGGGCGCAGAACAGACCUGAAUGGCAGAUCACCGAGCUGGCGCUGCUCUCGCAGUCGCUGUGGCCCGUCUCGCUGUAUGAGACGCUCGGGCCCGAGGCGACAGAGUACAUCAUCAAUCACAGCGGCCUCACUGCCAUUGCCUGCUCACUGCCCCAUGUCCCGACCCUGCUGAAGCUGGCGCCUCGCGUGCCGACCCUGAAGCUCAUCAUCUCGCUUGACCCGCUCGAUGCCGGCGAGAUGGCUGGCCAUUCGAAGUUGGCGCUGCUCAACGCCACUGCCGCCAACCACGGCAUCCAGAUCGUGUCCAUGACCGACGUGGAAGCUAUCGGCGCCCGCUCCGGCCGUGCCAUGCGUCCUCCCAAGCCCGAUGACGUCCUGACCAUCAACUACACCUCCGGUACCACGGGCGACCCCAAGGGCGUCCUUAUCACCCACGCCAACGGCGUCGCCGGCAUCAGCGCCGCCCGUUCCAACCAGACGGUCAUGGCCGGCGACGUGCACAUCUCAUACCUCCCGCUCGCGCACAUCUACGGCCGUAUGGCGGACCAGACGGCACUGGCGGAGGGAGCCAGUAUCGGGUACUUCCACGGCGAUAUCACCGGCCUGGUCGACGACCUCAAGCUCCUGCGUCCCUCGGGCUUCAUGUCGGUGCCCCGCCUGUACAAUCGAUUCAACUCGCUCAUCCAAGCGGCGACGGUCCAGGCGGACGGCUUCAAGGGGUCGCUGUCGCGGCGCGUCAUCGAAACCAAAAAAACCAAUAUGAAGCUUCCGCCCGGCCAAGCCACCAACAAGCACUUCCUGUACGACCGCAUCUGGACCCCCAAGGUGCUCAAGGCGGUCGGGCUGCAGCGCGCCCGCACCAUGAUUAGCGGUAGCGCCCAACUCGACCCCGACGUCCACGAGUUCCUUCGGGCCGCCUUUGGCAAUCACUUUGCCCAGGGUUUUGGCAUGACCGAGACGUACGCCGUGGGCACCGUCCAGAUGCCCAACGACUUCACGACGGGCAAUAUCGGACCCCCAUGCCCCUCGGUCGAGUUGUGCAUCGAGUCGGUUCCCGACUACGAAUACACGGUCGAGGAUAAGCCGUACCCGCGCGGCGAGCUGUUGAUGCGCGGGCCCAUUAUCUUCAAGGAAUACUUCCGCAACCCGGAGGAGACGGCCAAGACGAUCGAGCCCGACGGCUGGUUCCACACGGGCGACAUCGUCGAGGUCGACAGCAUGGGUCGGUUUAAGAUUAUCGACCGCAAGAAAAACGUGCUAAAGCUGGCCCAAGGCGAGUACAUCUCGCCCGAGCGCAUCGAGAACGUGUACAUGGGCAGCACCAACCUCAUCGCGACGGCCUUUGUGCACGGCGAGCCCAAGGAGUCGUGCCUGGUGGCCAUCUUUGGCGUCGACCCGGUCACCUUUGCCCCGUACGCCGCUAAGAUCCUCAAGAGGCCCGUCCCAGCCGAGGACAAGGAGGCGGUCCGUCAGGCAGCCAACGACCCGCGCGUUAAGAGCGCCUUCCUCAAGCUGCUGGACCAGAUUGGCAAGAAGCACAAGUUCAAUAGCUUCGAGAAGGUCAAGAACUGCUACCUUGACAUUGACCCGUUUACGGUGGAGAAUGAGCUGCUGACACCGACACUGAAGCUCAAGCGUCCCCAGUCGGCGAGGGCAUUCCGCAAGGAGAUUGACCGCAUGUACGAGGAGAUUGCCGCUCAGAUGGCUGAGAAGCCCAAGCUCUGAGUGUGGUUCGCUAUAAGAAAGGCGGAGCGGCGAGGGGCGGAGCAAGAGGCGCAUUUUCGAGAUUGUGUAUAGUUGAUAGCGGCUGUAUAGGUUGCAUAGCAGUGAG